AUUGGCGGUUUAAAAUUGGAAGACAGCAGAGUUUGUGUUGUAGUUGUCUAUUUUGAUCACACACUUGUCUAAAUGUUAUUUCUGUUUAUUAAGGCUCACUAAGUGGUUAUUUUGCUCUACCGUAGUAAUAAUUUUUUGUUUCAUCGGGACUUACACGUGUUCCUAACAUGCAAGUGAUUGCUCAACGCCUGCAUAAGCGAUGCAGUUCAGGAGACAUGUAUAAGCAUAUGUAUUGGUGAAGUUGAAGUCAGUUGGAGAUACUAUGGAAGUCGGAAUCCGAGUUGUUAGAGGCCCAGAUUGGAAGUGGGGCAAUCAAGAUGAAGGCGAGGGUCACAUUGGCACCGUAGUGGAAAUUGGAAGAUCAGGUAGCACAACCUCCCCUGAUAAGACUGUAGUUGUUCAGUGGGAUGGAGGCAUGCGCACCAAUUAUCGGGUUGGUUACCAAGGAUCAUUUGAUUUACGGAUCAUUGACAAUGCCCCAGCGGGUGUGAAGCAUCCAAACAUUGUUUGUGAUGGUUGUAAUCAGCGCGGAAUAAUGGGUAUUCACUGGAAGUGUGAAAACUGUCCAGAUUAUGACUUGUGCACUGAAUGUUAUAUGACCGACACACAUGACUCCUCUCACAUGUUUCAAAGAUUUGAAACAGCUUCUUCUAUUGGUGUUCUUGUGGGACCAAGAAGAGGAGAGACUAAGGUUCCUUUAAAAGGAAUUUUCAUAGGUGCUAAAGUUGUUAGAGGACAUGAUUGGGAUUGGGGAAACCAGGAUGGUGGAGAAGGUAAAACUGGAAGGGUAACUGACAUAAGAGGCUGGGACAAUGAAUCAGGGAGAUCCGUAGCAAAUGUUACUUGGACAUCAGGUUCGACCAAUGUCUACCGCUUAGGACACAAAGGUAAAGUUGACUUAAGAUGCAUAGAACCAGCAUCCGGAGGCUACUAUUACCGAGAACAUCUACCUAUCUUAGGACAAGGCCUUGAGCAUGUUUUGGUUGGAGCAUUAGCUAACAGGCUGUUAGGAACCCCCUCUCUCACAUUCAGUGUCGGAGAUAAAGUUAAAGUUAACAAAGAUGUUGAAACGUUAAAAACAAUGCAGGAAGGACAUGGUGGAUGGAACCCAAGAAUGGCUCAAUAUAUUGGUAAAGUGGGCACAGUACACAGAGUCACAGACAGAGGAGACAUAAGAGUCCAGUAUGAGGGGUGCAAUCAUCGAUGGACUUUUAAUCCUUCAGCUUUAACUAAACGAAACUGUUUCUCUGUGGGAGACUUUGUUCGAGUUAUUCAUGAUACAGAUAAAGUCAAAGAGUACCAAAAAGGACAUGGAGAAUGGAUUGAAGUCAUGAAUAGUGCUUUAGGUAAAGUAGGUAAAGUGGUAAAGAUAUACUCUGAUGGUGAUCUGAGGGUUUCUAUAGCGGGACAAACAUGGACUCUGAACCCAUUGAGUGUUCAAUUAGUUCCCCAGACAUCAAUAGAUCAGGAUAAUACCAAUAUUGAGUUAUCAAGGGAGGACCAUGCGAAUCCUUUAACAUCCCUUCUCUCAACUCUAAAAGAUUCCACUGGUGAGGAUGAUGGUGUUCUUGAUGUUGUUAGAGAGGCAGCUCAGGGACAUCUAGAAACUGUCCGUGACUUCUUACUAAAACAUCCUGAAAAGGUUGAUUGCAAGUCAAAGUGUCGAACAUGUUUACAAGUAGCUUCUCAUCAAGGCCAUGCUGAAAUGGUACAGCUUUUGCUCUCUCUUGGAGCUUCAUUAUCACUUGCUGAUGAUGAUGGUGAUACUGCUAUACAUUACUCAGCUUUUGGCAACCAACCUGACAUAAUGGAUUUGCUUUUAAAAGCUGGGGCAGAUCGUAAUGUUACAAACAAGGGAUCAUGCACUGCAUUGCACGUAGCUGUUAACAAACAGCAUGUGCAUUGUGUGCGUGUCUUACUGCGAUGGAAGUGUAAUGUCAAUGUUCAGGAUUCUUAUGGAGAUACUGCUCUUCAUGAUGCUAUUGGCAAGGAAAACUUAGAUAUCACAGAUAUGCUUUGUAGUGUGCCUGGACUUGAUUUCACUGUAAGAAAUAAUCGUGGCUUCAAUGUACUGCAUCAUGCAGCUCUUAAAGGAAACAGUUUGGCAACUGAAAAAUUAUUGCUGCGGUCAAGACAACUUGUUGAUGUAAAGAAAGAUGAUGGAUUUGCUGCUCUUCAUUUAGCUUGCUUAAAUGGUCAUAGAGCAGUUGCUGAAACUCUCCUCGUUCAAGGACAGGCAGAAGUCGAUCUAAGAAACAAUAGACGCCAAACACCAUUGAUUUUGGCGGUUUCUCAGGGGCAUUGCUCUUUGGUAGAAUUGUGUGUAUCAUUGAGAGCAGAUAUUCAUGCAGAGGAUGAAGAUGGUGAUACUGCCCUUCAUUUGGCUCUUAUGAAACGAGGAAGCAUUGUUGUCUCUGAUGUGAAUGAAUUAGAAGCUCCUACUAUUUUUGGGAUUUAUUCUAUGCUGGUUGGUGGUGGCCGAGCUGCAGUGCAGCAUCCAGUGGCUAUAGCAAUUGCAUGUUAUUUAAUUCAAGAAGGAUGCUCUCUUGAAAAGAAAAAUAACAAAGGAAAAACUCCACUUGAUUUAAUAUCGGAUUUAUCCUUACAAGACAUCAUGAAGAAAUAUGUCACUCAAAGAAGUUUUUCUUCUGAACCAGGUGCCUCUGGUAGUGGUGAGAGAGCAUCUCCUCUGUUUCAAGUUGAUCUUUCUGGAAAUUACCCAUCUCAGUUGAGUGCAAUUCCUAGUGGUUCAUCAGAGCCUGAAAGUGAUCAGAAACUUUUGUCCACUCCCUCAAGAAGUCAACGACAAAGCAGAGCUAGCGCUAGUUGUCACUCAAAUCCAUCAACAUCAAUAGAGAUGGAUGCUGGAGAAAGACCUAUUCCUGUGGAAUGUAUUGUUUGUUCAGAGUUAGCUGAUCAGAAUGUUAAGUUUGAACCAUGUAUGCAUCGGAUAGCCUGUGAAGACUGUUCAUCCAGGAUGAAAAAAUGUUUGAAAUGUGGUCAAAAUAUCACUAGACGUUUAACUCAAGAUGGACGAAUAAUUGCAUGCAAGUCUCGGCAGCCGAGUGCAGAGCGCUUGAGAUACCUGGAAAGCAAGAUCGCUGAAAUUGAAGAAGCUCAUUGCUGCUCAAUUUGUAUGGAACGACGACGGAAUGUAGUUUUCCUUUGUGGACAUAGCGCCUGUGACAAAUGCUCUCACACGCUCAAAAUCUGUCACAUGUGCAGAAAAACAAUUACCAAGAAGAUAAAUAUUUACUGACAUAUGAUCAACAUAGAGCAAUGGCUUCCAUAAAGAACUUGGUAGCCAUAAUAAUUGCCCCUUAAGUCUGAAGGCUACAUUUCAUUUAAUUUAUUUUUAGUCCCUAUUCUUACUUGGUUGGUUUCUUUACUUGUGCAUCUGUUCUUCCUCGCACCAUUUUUUACCAGUUUUACAGUAUUAACUUUAUUUUUGGUACCUUCAUCAUCCUUUCUGUAUUAGCUAAUAUCUGUAUAUGGUGGGUAAGGAUGUUAUGUGCCAAAAUGGUUGCCUGAUCAUGGUAAAUGCAUCCCACAUUCUAUGGGGGGCAAGUACAAGUAGAUAGCAAUGUGAUGAAAAUAUGUUUCAUACUGACCGACCCAUUCUUGCUUUGUCUGGUUUGAAAGUUCUGCUUUGAUUAUCAAGAAAAAAUAUUGCUGUUCAUCAUCUUCAUGUAUUAUGCAUAUUACAUGAACCACUGACUUAUUUCUUUGAAUGGCAACUGUCAAUUUAAAUUUUAAGGAGUACAUGUCUAUGUACUUUAUUAUUGGUGUAAUCAAGUCAUUUCUAUUUUAUUCCUGCAUUUUUAUUUUUGUCUGUUCGUGCUAGUACGGUACAUUUUACGUUUUUGAAAUCUCAGAUUUAUUGGUACAUUUGUUUUAAAUACUUGUAACAUGUGGCGUGUCUGGGUAUUAAACUUGACUGACACCAACACCAUCAAUCGAAUUGAUACUUGCUUUAAUUUUAGCUAAAAUUGCUAUUUUUAAAUAUUAUUUGCAAUCUUUAGAGGAUUUUUAAUGUGUAAUAUUGCGGCGUUCAUGGUAGCCAAUUUAUAAACUUCUAUAAAUACUGUAUAUUUUGCCUUUGCUGCUUCAUUGCCUAUUGAGUAUGGUACUCAUUAAAAUUUGUUCUUAACUUUGUUAAUGAGCAAGUUCCUUUGAUUGAGGUAUAGUAUUCUGUGAUAAAAAGUGUCUAGAAAUAGUUACUUUGUCCUUUUUUAAUACAUAUGCAUCUUGUGUGUAGUUUUCGUUUUGUGGGCCCCAUUGUGAUUUAAUUUCUGGGCUGAUAAGUACGAAGAAAUUAAUUUUCCAGUAAGCAUCAAGAAAAUAUGAUUUGGAGUCAAGUGGAUGGGAACAUUCUAGUCUACUGAUGCAAACAAGGCCUCACAUAAGCUAUUUUGUGAAUAUCUAUGUUGUGGGCCAACAAUUGUUCCUAGCAUUUGUUCUUGGAAAAUAGGUCAAUAAAUUGAUUAGACCUAGUUGUGAGCUCACUAGUCUUCCUUUGAUCUGAAUAAAGAAAUGUAUCACUUGA